AUGGACUCGUCUCCCGCCCUUGUUCGUUCGGCCUCUGCGGCUGGUGUGAAGCGUCCUGCGGCUCUGCUGCCCGCCUUCGAGCCUUUGACCUCAUCGCCGUCCCUCCCGCGGCCGUCGAAGCGGGUGGCUCGUGAUAAUGCUUACCCAACGCCAGUCCCGACCUCAUCAACCCAUAUCCUAUCCUCGUCACCUCCCGCUGCUCGGCCGUUGCUUCGUCGUACCUUCUCCGCCGCUACGGAACGGUCUCCCUUGUCGGCUGUCCCGCAGGUGAUGUUGCCUGAGAAUGGCGAGCCGGUGCUCAUGGGCCGAUCCAGUGCUUCGUGCCACCACCAGCUCGCAGCGAGUCGAAUGAUCUCGCGUGUGCACGUCAAGGCAACCUACAAACCCGCCCCGAAUCCCUUCGAUCGUGACCAAGUGGAGAUUAUGUGCAUGGGCUGGAAUGGUAUCAAGAUCCAUUGCCAGGGGAAGACGUACGAUUUGGCAAAGGGCAAGACCUUUACAUCGGACAUAAAGGAUGCGGACAUCAUGAUUGAUGUUCACGAGGCACGCGUUUUGGUGCAAUGGCCGCGACACGAGCUCGACCGCAAGGACUGCCCCUCGACUGAUUCCGAGCAGACAUGGGACGACGGAACGCCAACCCAGAAGAACCCUCACCGGAGACGCCAUGAGAGUCCCUUCCUGGGAGGCGAGCGCCUCGGCUCUCCGGACUCGCCAUCACCCGCUGUGCGCAAUGUGAUUCCUCCAUCGUCGCCUAUCUUCACACCUUCUCGCGGCCGUGGAUCUGUGAUUGUGUAUGAAGAUGAACCCUCUCCAUUGAAGCGCCAUAACACUGUCGGUGGAUUCUCGGCGUACAGCGCUCGUCGAGCGAGUGAAAUGCUGCAGAUCUCUCAGUCUAGUGACGUCAGCCGACAUCACGACGAAUCUGAUAACGACGAGGAGAACGAUCCUAUCGUGCAUUCAUUCGGUCCAUUUGGAGAUAAUCUACUGCCUCGUCUGGCUUCGUUCCACGCAGGUGGGUCUCCCAGUCGUUCUCCCGCGGCACGUCGGCGCUCGGUGACUCCGGUACCUCGUGCUCACGCGGAUUCUUCCCGUCAUAUCGAAAGCUCGGAGGAGAAAGAAGAGGUCGAGGUCAAGACCCAGGAAGAAGAGGAAACCUUUGAGCGUGUUCGCAACCAUGCCAUCAAUCAGUUGGCUUACUCACGUCUGUCCUCGACCCCCUUCUCAAUCAUUCUCAACAACCUUCCCCCGUCAUUCUGGAAAUCCGACAAGGUGGCCAACACCUCUGGUCCCUCGCGCUCUGACAUUCGCACCAUUCUGGAAACCACUAAAUGCAUUGGCAAGGUUGCGCGUGAAGGCAAAGACGCCGCUGGACAGCCGUUAGAAAGCGAGUUCUACUACAUUCCCGACUUUGACGAAGACAUCAUUCGCCGUGAGACCGUGGUGACCAAUCUUCGCAAGCCGGGUCUCCGCAACUGCCGCAAGCAACACAAGCAAUAUUUCUGGAAGAAGCCGAAAUAA